AUGGAUUCGAUCAGCUCUUUCGGUGAGGAUCUUCCAGGUCAAAUUACUACACCAACAUGCAUCGCUCCUGGUUGGCUUCAUGUUCUAUCCAUGACAGUAGUGGAGUAUAAGUCAACCACUUACCAAUGGAUUCACCAGGAUGAUCCAAUCCAGGAAUUUGUUCUUGAUGCAGACGUCGGGGAAGGAUCUCUUAUGAGUCCCCUGGAUCAUAAGGACAUAACGCCCUGCGACUGGAAACGUUUGGGAUUCAACAGUUCUCACUUAUCGCUAUCCCCGAAUAAACAGGAACUUGUCCUAGAAGCCCCUUUGGUCACAUCCGGACACCGCGAAGAGACCGAUAGGUCGACCGUGGAAGAAGGCGAACAAACCGGAGAUUUAAAAAGACGUAGGCUCGAUUCGACAUACUCCAAGCAAGAAGACGUCAAGCUCCCCUCUAGUUCGAACUCUCAAAGCGGACAUAAGGAUGACUGCAGAAAGAGCGUGGUUAAUGAUAGUUCAUCGCCUUCACGACUCGAAGUGGAUGGGAAAGAUAAGGAGAGAAAGACUCUUGAGCAGGGAAAUGCUGUCUAUGCUAUACAUGAAGUGCGCAAUAGGAGUCCUACGGGCUUGGAGACAGCCGAUGAUGUACUCGGUUCGAAGAAGGAUAGAAUAUUAGCAACGGAACUUGGCUUUUUUUGA